UCCGACAUGAAAUAAUGGAAGUUAUGCGUUGUGUUGACUCAUUCGUUAGAUUUCAGUUCGUUACGGCGAUCGUGUAUUGUUUUAACGACUGCAGCCCGAGUUUGUGAAAUCGCGUACCGUGACCCAUGGAUCUAAGCUAAGCCUAACUAGUAUAAGCAAAAUGUCUCAUCACCUGGUCACCGUCUGCAUGUUCUGCCUGCUCUGCGCAGCGCACACCUGCGGGGCCCACGUCGAAACUAAAGAUGUACACACAUACGAACCGACAAUAGACUACAACAUACCCUUAGACUUGACAGAGAAACGAAAACUAGAACACCUAGAACGCUACAACCAUAAACUACAGAAAAUAAGACAGCCUCGCCCGAAAAGACACCUCGACGAUGUCUCAGAUACGUAUAUUGGGGAGAUUUUGAAAGAGUACGGGACGGGAGAUACGAUGAAUUUGACAGGAUUCAACAAUAUGCUGAAUGUCCUGGAGCUGUCCAAGUUGGUGCAAGGAAGGGUGGAGACUAAAGAGGGUCCAAAUCAACGUAAUUCUGUUUAUUGCUUAAACAGCUCCGAUCUCAUCACCGCUGUCAACAAAGGCCUAUAUACAGACGAUCACGACCAUAACGAGCACCAACACACAGACCCCACUCACGACCAUGACGUACUAAUAACAGAAGACACCCUCCGUGCCGUCUGUCCAGUCCUCCUAUACCAGAAACUCGGGAAACCGGACGAAAAACGAGACUGCGUCAUACAUAAUAAAGUCACAAAUACACAAACAAACUUAAAAAGUCUCGAUAGCGCAGUGACAAAGACAGACAAAAAAGAUGACACCAAUAAAAACAUGUUCGCCGUCUGGCUAUACUCCUUCCUUAGUAUAACAGCCAUCAGUGCAUGUGGUCUUCUAGGAGUAGCAGUAAUCCCCAUUAUGCAUAAAACGUACUACAACCAUCUCCUUCAGUUCCUAGUGGCGUUAGCCGUGGGAACUCUUUGUGGUGACGCGCUGUUACAUCUAAUGCCUCAUGCGAUGAGUCCGCACGACCACGAUCAUGGUCCCGGCACCUCAUUAGAAACUUCAACAGCAUCACAUAACGACGGUAUGUGGAAAGGCCUCGCCGCCAUGUUGGGUGUCGUCUUCUUCUAUUUCACUGAGAAGGGACUGACUGUUGUUGUCGAAUGGAGAAAGAGACGUCAAAAGCUCGAAGAAGACAAACUUCCUUCAAGAGUCCGAGUCUUGAAAGACGAAACAGUUGGAGGUUGCUCAGGCGGCGCUAAAGCACCAAUCACCAACUCCACUACAAAUUCAUUUUUGAAAAUCUUCAAGAAAGACGAAAAGAACGAUCCCACAACUAAAACUUGCAAACACAAGUAUUCAGAAUACCCCUACUGUUAUGACGAAAUCGACACAGAUACACAUGACGAUCACCAUUUGCGGGAUGGUCAGAUCCCACCAAGCCCUAAAGCUAAGCAGAACAACUCUGUGAGUGUGGUGUCUUCGAAUGCGUUGAGUGCUGAGGGUAAAGAAGAGCCGACGGCGAAGGAUUGGCUGCUGAAGGCAGAGCCCUCGUCGGUGGUGGAGAUGAACAAUAUUAAACAUAAGGAGGAUGGUGCUAAGGAUCUCAAGGAUGGAGACAGCUAUACUGUAAUAUUAAGGGAGCAUUCCCGGGCCCACCACGGGCACUCCCACGCCCACGGCCACGUCCACGCCCCUCCCUCCAGCUUGUCUUCCGUGGCCUGGAUGGUCAUCAUGGGCGACGGGCUGCACAACUUCACCGACGGCAUGGCUAUAGGUGCCGCAUUCGCAUCUAACAUCGCUGGUGGCUUCUCUACGGCUAUUGCCGUCUUGUGCCACGAAUUACCGCAUGAAUUAGGUGACUUCGCGGUACUCCUAAAAGCGGGCAUGUCGGUGAAGCGCGCCGUGUGCUACAACGUGCUGUCGUCAGCGUUGUGUCUCGGCGGCAUGGUGUGCGGCGUGCUGGCCGGCCACGCGCCCAACGCCACCCGCUGGCUGUUCGCCGCGGCCGCCGGCAUGUUCCUGUACAUCGCCCUCGUCGAUAUGAUGCCCGAGCUGAGCACGUCGCACAGCAAGGAGGGCACGCUGUGCCAGUGCCUGCUGCAGCUGGCGGGGCUCGCCACCGGCAUCGGCAUCAUGCUCGUCAUCGCCCUCUACGAAGAAGACCUAAAGACGUUGUUCGGUUAAACAGUGCUAUGUGUUACUAGUGUGGUGCUUGUGAAUCCAGUGAACAGAUUAAGCUCUUAGUGACAUAGAUAUAAGGUUUAGUUUCGCAUGGGUUUCCACUUCUGCUACUUUUGGACAGACUUCAAACAUAUCCGUGGGUAAGCUAUCUUAAUAUCCUGUAAGGGUAAUUGAAUUCCUAAAUCAAAACUCUAGAUGACAGUCACUAGCCAAACCUUGUUUUUAUAUUCCAGAUACAAGAAUGACUGUUCAGUUGACCCAAUGGCCUAGCUAUUUUUAGUACAGUCACCAUUAGAUUUACUAUUUUUAGUACAGACGCUUUUAUUGUGAAGGCGUUAGCGUGCAUGUUCAGAUAUUUUUGAGCAUCUCGGCCGCUCCGAUAUAUCUGAUGACGACUGUACAAAAGCAGCAUUAUCGAGGAGUUAUUUGAGAUUUUUUAGUAUCUUAAAUAUCAAAACAGGUCUAAGACAUAAUUAUCUUGUCAACCUAGCAAUAAAUUGCUAUUGUCACCUACAGUUCAUCGCAUUCUGAAUAUAAACAGUUUCUAAUGAAUUUAGAUGAUAUGACAUACAUACGCGUGUUCCAAAAAGAUGCCACAACCCUGGACGUAUUUCUAAACGUGUUAAAAAGUGCUACUAAUAUUAAGUAAAACAUAAAAAAACAGACUGUAUUAUCAAUUAAUCGUGUAAGACCUUAGACCUGCAAUGAUACUUGUACAGCAUUGCCAAUUCAUAUGAUUGUGUACUUGUACAGUCACGUCUCAAAAUAUCAGUACGAAAAAUGUGCCAAAAAUACGUAUACACUACCUUACUAUAUGGACAAUAAAGUCGUGUAUACAUAUUUUUGGCACUUUUUUCGUAUCAAUAUUUUCAGACGUUUUUUGUCUGUGACUUAAAUUUCAAUACCAGUAACCUCUUUUAUAGAGUAUAUUUUAAAUAUCCUUUGAUUCCCUUGUGUAUAAUAUUCAUAGAUUUAUGAAUGAAAUAUUAAUGUCAAUGUUAAAUGCAAAUCAUACAAUAAAUGGCUCUACAAUUUAAAUAUCAGUCCGUUUCUGUGAAAAGUUGAUCUUUAAAGUCGUUUGAUCGUUGCGUUUAACAUAGUGUAAAAAAUAUCAGAGACAAAGUAUCAUAUUACACGUACACAAUCUUAAAAAAAUACACAAAAGUGAUCAUAGGAAUAGUAUUCCUAAAUACUUUGUACUUAAGCUUUUCAAAUGAUAUGUAGUAUGGGCUUAAUGUGUGUACAGUCAAGGUAUUAAAUAUCGAUACGGACAAAGUGCUAAAAAUAUGUAUACACAACCUUAUUGCCUAUAUAUUAAGUGUGUACAUAUUUUUGUCACUUUGUCUGCAUGGCCUUGACCUGUACCUACAUGAUAACCAUGUCCCUCGCAAAACUAAAUUACGCUUCUAAAAUAGAAAAACAUGAGUUCUAAUGUACAUUUUGCUCAUAUUACAUUUCUAUAAAAAAAAUAUCGUAAUAAAUUAUGAGAUAAAAUUGUGAUGUACUUAGUUUUCUUGAAGAAAACAACUCCCAACUCGAAUACUUAAAGAGUCCGCAGCCAGCUCGGUUCUCCAUACAAACGUAGAUACGCUUUCAUUUUUAUACAACUAUCUAGAUUGCUCUGAAACUUUGUACUUACAAUAGGAUAAGGUAUAUCUAUGGCUGUAAUUAGUUUAUGUAGCUUCAGAUACCAUAGCAAAAAAAAUACAGCAAAUUUAAAUUAUUCAUACAAAACUUGUUUUUGCUCUAUUUCGUUUGUUUUAUAAGCUGGAGCAAUAUAAAGUAAUUACAGGACUAGAUAUACCCCAUGUAAUUGUAUGUGCAUAGUUUCAUUACAAUUCAGCACGUAGUUUUAAAAUGAGAACGUAACUCCUUUUGUAUGGGAAGGUGAAAUUCGAACGAGCUUGCUGCGGGCUAUUAAAAUUGCAGUAUGAAAAUAAUAUUUCAUGUGUAAUUUAUUUACUUAUGAGUAUAAUUCUUCUAUGAUAUUGAGAGGAAUAUUGUCAUUAUUUUUCUUUUUUGUUUAAACUAUUAGUUGUGAGAAAUGAUUGUCAGUCUAGAUUACUAUAUCAUCAAAUGUGUUUAGUAUGUAACACUAUACAUAAUUAAGCGUAAUAAAUUGAAAGUUAAACUUUUAAUAUUACUUAUUGAAACAGACUCAUAUCUGUGAAAUCGUUGAAAAUUCCAUUAACAUUUUAGUCCACCUUCCAUCUUAUUCGCGGUGUGGCGGCAUUUUGCCACUGCUCAGAGCCUGGGGUCCGCUUGGCAACUAAUCCCAAGAAUUGGCGUAGGCACUAGUUUUUACGAAAGCGACUACCAUCUGACCUUCCAACCCAAAAGGUAAACUAGGCCUUAUUGGGAUUUGUCCGGUUUCCUCACAAUGUUUUCCUUCACCGAAAAGCAACUGGUAAAUAUCAAUGACAUUUCGUACAUAAGUUCCUAAAAACUCAUUGGUACGAGCCUGGGUUUGAACCAGUGACCUCCGGAUUGCAAGUCGCACGCUAUUACCGCUUGGCCACCAGCGCUAUUCAGCUGAUGAAAAAGGAUUUAAACUAUUACCAUAAAUCUACGCGAGUAAUUUUAAACUUGCGUAGUACUUUAAAAGUUCAACGUAUUCAAUAGUAAUGUGUCUAUAUGCAUCAAUCAAAAUAAAAUAGGUAGAUUUUUUAUCUCGAAUUUGUCUAUGUAAUAUUGAAAGGAGAUGUUUGAUAGGACCAACCCGUAUUGACAGUGUCACCAGUUUCGUGAUUUAUCUAAAAAAGAUUCCAGAAAGUAACAUACAGAAUUUUCAGGAGAUCUCACAAAGAUCACAGAAUUUAUACGAAUAAUAAAGCUUUUGUAAUUAAUUCUCUUUAUUUCUUCUGUUAAAUGUUUCUAUGACAUGAAGUAACUAUGAACACAUAACUAACAAUCUUGUGUGAUCAACAAAGCUUGCCUUUUCUGCUGAAUUUGUUCGUCAAACAUAUCUUGUAUACGCCACAUAUUGCUGUCAUAUAGCCAUCAUUGUCUUUCAAAGUUUGCUUCUGUCGUUCAAACUUGACGUGUUUUAUUUUAUUGAAAAAGCGUCUCCCACACGCUACCUCAAAAAAUGCUGGUUGCUUUUAUGGCUCAGUUUCAUUGGUCGAUAACUCGGCCGAUAUAGAGCGUGCGGGGUCUACCCGCAGGCGGUAUAACGACUUGUGAAACUCAUAGGUCGAUAUACAGCAUGUGGGUGACUCCCUGCAGGCGUUAAGUUGGUAUAACGACUAGUGAAACUCUGGCAUGCGUUUCGGAAAUCUCCCGCACCACGCAUACGGGCCCUGUCGACCAAUGAUAACAGUUCCCCGAAUGCGGGCCCUAUGGCAUGCUUUAUGGAAAUCUCCCGCACGCGGGCCCUAUCGACCAAUGAAACUGAGCCAUUACUCUGAUGGAUGAGUCGUAUUAUACGUUAUAAGCAUUCAACAGGUUAGACGUUAUUCACUGCCUUCCCGGUUUUGUAUAUUUGGUACUUAAAAAUUACUUAUGUUUUGGUAAGUCUUAACUUUACGUGAAUAGAGAUAAUUAUGACGUUACAGCUUUUUUUAAUUACCAGUAUUAUUUAUUGAGUAAUUUAAAAUUGAAACUCCAGAAAAAGUUGAAUUUACAUUUAAGUAUGAACGUUUAAAAAUGUGUUGUUUGUAUAUACAUAAUCUGUGAAAUUAAGUGGUUCCUACAAAAAAUACAAGGAAAUUCCAAUUUCUCAAAAAAAAUAUCAAAGCAUUUUACUUCGAAUUUUAUUGUAAUUUUAACUUUUACUUUAAAUAAGCGAAUAGUUAUUUAAUGUUUAAUUUUAAGUGAUUUAAGUUUGCAAUCAUGUUGUGUGUCGAUGGUGCUGAAACCAUCAGUAUUAUUGUCAAUAUUUAUUGUAAAAUAGUUAAAUCUGGUUCCUAUGUCACUUGCAAUGUAAUUUUUAUACUGUUGUAAAUAAUGUGCUUUGAACGUGACCUAUCUUUCUUAUGACAUGACACUGUAUUGUGAAAAAUACUUUUAGUGCCAAAAACUGUCAAUUUGAAUGUCAUUAAUUUUUUAUUCCAGUGUAAAAGGUGGGUAACGUUCGAAGGAAUAUUGUCAAUAAUAUUGAUGUACUGUCAGUAAGGUUCGCCCGAGCGAUGUGUGAUAUCUGAGGACUUGAUGGUAGUUAUAUUGUAUUAUAAUAUGGUUAUUCGUA